GAGGAAGACAAGAACGAUACUUCGUUGAAUUCGCGAAAAAACAUAGAUGGGAUCCAUCUAAUACAGGUUUGGUUCAAGAGCACUUCGAGUCCAUAAUCCAAAGUCGCAUGAAAGAUAUGGUAAGCACAGCGAGGAGUAAUGACGUACGACCAAUCUGGAUCUAUGAUACGCUCUGGGAUGAGAUGAAAGAACAUUGGAGCACUGAAGAACAAAAAGCAAAGAGUGCUACGACCUCAGCAGCUCGGAUGUCUGAUCGUAAGGGUCUCGGUCCGCACAAACACGCCUCUGGACAGAAGUCUUACCGACAAAUUGAACAAGAAAUGGUUGUUGAAUUGGGGAGACCAGUGAGUUUCGGUGAGGUGUUCAUCAAGGCUAAUACCAAGAAAGAUGGGACGUUUGUUGAUCUGAAAGCGCAGCAAGUUGCUGAGGCCUAUACGAAGAAAAAACAAGAGACGUUGACUGAUCUUGAGUCCGAUAUCACAGACCUUACGGAUGGUCGUAUUCCUGUGCUAACAGUAGAAGAAGAUAAUGACCUCUUUAUUCAGUCCACAUUCACAAAUGAUAGAGGAGCACUGUUUGGUAUUGGAAGCCUCAAGAGUAUGCUCAAGGGAAAGGCACACAACACAGCAACCUCAGCUUCAUUCCGGCAGAUGCAACAACAGCUUGAAAAUGCUGAACAGAAGCUGAAGGACCAAGCUGCUCUUAUCGCACAGCAAGAAGCAGAGAAUGCUCGAGUUGCAGCUGCUCAAAAGGCCCAGACCGCCGAGCUUGCGAUUGUCCACAAGUUCUUGAAAACCGACGACAGGUUCCUUGCUUUCCUUGCCACAGAAACUGCUUCUGAUCAUCCACCUGCUGAACCUGUUUAG